GUUUCCCCUGACUUCGUGAAGUCUGCAAACCGCACCGCGUAUCCCAUUCGUUGGGAGAAAAAAGAAUAAAUCGCAGAAGACGUGAAGGACACACACGCGGUGGUGUUCGGCUUGUUGUAAAUUGAGCUCUGCACUUCCUGUGUCUUCGUAAACCAUGUACGGGUUUGUGAACUACGCACUGGAGUUGCUAGUAGUGAAGACGUUCGGAGAAGAGAUAUGGGAGAAAAUUAAGAAGGACGCAGAAGUGUGUAUGGAAGGCCAGUUCCUGGUCCGUCAGAUUUAUGAGGAUGAAAUAACCUACAACCUCAUCCACGCAGCUGUAGACGUUUUGCAAAUUCCGGCCAAUUCAAUAUUGGAACUUUUUGGUAAAACAUUCUUUGAAUUCUGUCAAGAUUCUGGUUACGAUAAAAUCCUCCAAGUCCUCGGAGCAACUCCGCGGGACUUUCUACAGAACUUGGACGCCCUGCACGACCACCUGGGUACCCUCUACCCGGGGAUGCGAGCCCCUUCGUUCCGUUGCACAGAGCGACCAGAAGAUGGGGCCCUGCUUCUGCACUACUAUUCGGAUCGCCCUGGAUUAGAGCACAUUGUCAUCGGAAUAGUGAAGACGGUGGCGAGCAAACUGCAUGGAACAGAGGUCGAAGUUAAGAUUCUGAAGACCAAGGAAGAGUGUGACCACGCCCAAUUCCUCAUCACAGAGUUAUGUGGUCCAGGGAAAGCCUCUCGACCAGAAGUUACUCAGAUUGAGACACUCUCUAUAGAGCCCAAGGUGAGCCCGGCCACAUUCUGUCGUGUGUUCCCGUUCCACCUGAUGUUCGACAGCGAUCUCAAGGUCGUACAGACCGGCAGCACAAUAGCUAGGGUCAUGCCGCGGGUCAGGAGACCCGGGUGUCGCGUCACCGACAUUCUGGACACGGUAAGACCACACUUAGAACUCACGUUCCAAAACAUUCUGUCUCACAUCAACACCGUGUACGUGCUAAAAACGAAGCCCGGGGUCAUGGAAGCCGAGCAUCAGGAUGGCGCACCAGAAUUCUCUUACCUCAGACUAAAGGGGCAGAUGCUGUAUAUCCCUGAAUCAGAAUUGGUUAUCUUCCUGUGCUAUCCAAGCGUCAUGAAUCUGGAUGACCUGACAAGACGCGGUCUCUACAUAAGCGACAUCCCUCUUCACGACGCGACAAGGGACCUAGUGCUAAUGUCUGAGCAGUUCGAAGCAGACUACAAGCUGACUCGAAAUCUGGAGCUCCUCACAGACAAGCUGCAACAGACAUAUCGCGAGCUGGAAGGGGAAAAGCAGAAGACAGACAGAUUGCUCUAUUCUGUGCUGCCGAUCAGUGUAGCCAAUGAACUAAGACACAAGCGUCCGGUUCCAGCACGACGAUACGAUUGUGUGACACUCCUCUUCUCCGGAAUUGUUGGGUUCAGUGACUACUGUGCCACAAACACAGAUUCCAGGGGGGCUAUGAAGAUCGUUCGCAUGCUCAAUCAGCUGUACACAGCCUUUGAUGUCCUCACAGACCCCAAGAAGAACCCAAACGCCUACAAGGUGGAGACGGUAGGGGACAAGUACAUGGCUGUGAGUGGUCUGCCCGAGCCUUGCCAGACGCACGCCCGUUGCAUAGCGCGUCUUGCCCUGGACAUGAUGGACCUGGGGAGAGAAGUUCAAGUAGACGGCGAACAAGUAAGGAUAACGAUUGGAAUCCAUUCCGGCGAAGUGGUAACAGGAGUGAUCGGACACCGAAUGCCACGCUACUGCCUCUUCGGCAACACUGUGAACCUCACAAGUCGCACAGAAACUACGGGCGAACCUGGCCGAAUCAACGUAUCUGAAGAUGCUUACAGGUACUUGUGUCGGCCAAGCAACGCUGACCCACAAUUUCAUUUCGAGUACCGAGGACCAGUGACCAUGAAGGGGAAAUCGGAACCAAUGAAAGUGUGGUUCCUUACAAGGGAGAAAGAAUACAUCGUUUGAAUUCACUGGCCGAAAGUUUUUCUGCGUCUGUUCUCUGACGAGAACGCAACCAUAUACCAAAGACUUCUGUGUACAAACUAAUUAGAUAAUGAAGUUUAAAACUUAUUUCUUAGGUUAUUAUGUGUCACACUCUCCAGAAUAAAUAAUAGGCCGUUCACACAUUUCCUAUAGGUUCAUUAGAUACUAAUUGUUACAAAAAUAACAACGUAUUUUCACGUACACAUGGGAAGUUAACAUCACAAUGCAAGCCAGCUGUUACUGAUCCAAUAUCAGAAGAAGCCAAGCAUUGAAUCGGGCUGUAGAGACAAUGAAGAAUGUAUUAGAAAGAACCUGAAGUAAGUGAACCAAUAUGGACGAGUUGCGAAUAAAUUGGCAAACUUUCAACACAUAUUAAUACGUAUAGAAUAAAUAAAACUGUAAUAAUAUUAAACAACAAAAUUUAAUCCCAUUCUGUUAAAUUACAAUCCUGUUUAUUACACCACAGUGAAGCUAGUUUUGAGUCGCUCUGUUUGUAUAAAUACAAUAAACAUUAUCUAUGUGCCACAAAAUAAAGAAUGUCGAUUUACA